CCGAGCCUUCAGCGCGUCCGCACCUAGCGAGCCGGGUCACGGGGUGCGUGCGUCGCCAUAAUGCGUCCGGGUAGCGGUGAGCCCAGGAAACGGGCAAGUGGCCGUUCUCUUCUGCGACCCAUUGAGAAUGCCAAGCUAAAGCAUGGGAAUAAUUUAAUAUGAACGUGUAACUAGACUAUCUACCAUUGACAUGAAAGAUCUACAGGGAAUAUAGGCUUUGGUUACUGUGGUUUGUUUGUAAUGUAGCCAUUCGAUCAAGGUGGCCAUAAACACUGAAGAGCAUUGAAGGAUAUUUCUAGCCCUGUAUGGUGAAACACAAAUGGGAAGAACAAGGCUUUUCCUGCAAGAUUUUAUCUAUAUUUUGGAACUGGACAUUUUUUUACUUGUGAGUUAAUUUUCAUAGAUUUGAAAGAUCCACUCAGAUUAAUGUACUGUGCAGCUGUUUAUUUUAGCCUAACUAAAUAUUUUCUGAUCAGCACCUUCUCAACUAAGUACCAGGAAAGUUAUAUAGUCUGAAUGGACAGAGCAGCGUUUGCCUGUUCCACUGUGUUCUUUCAUGAUUACAGCAGCGCAUCUCAUGGUGCAGUCUGCUUGCCCCAGGGACAUGUUGACUAUAUUGAAAAAGUAGAAUCGUUCACUUACUCCGAUUUUUUCAGGGACUAUCUGAUUCCCAACCACCCAUGUGUUUUCUCAGCUAAAUUCACUGAGGGCUGGGGCAGCAGGAGGAAUUGGGUGACUCGGGAUGGGAAGCCUAAUUUUGAUUAUCUACUGCAGCAUUUUGGGAAGGCUGUAGUACCUGUUGCCAACUGCGAUGUCAAGGAAUACAAUUCUAAUCCAAAGGAACAGAUCCCUCUCAAGGAGUACAUAAGUUAUUGGAAAGAAUACAUUAACAAAAACUACCAUUCACCCCGGGGGUGCCUCUACCUCAAAGACUGGCACUUGUACAGGGCUUUCCCAGAGCAAGAUGUUUAUACAACCCCCAUCUAUUUCACUUCUGACUGGCUGAAUGAAUACUGGGAUGCCAUAGGCCUGGAUGAUUAUCGUUUUGUCUACAUGGGACCUAAGGGUUCAUGGACUCCUUUUCACGCCGACGUCUUCCGCUCCUACAGCUGGUCUGCCAAUAUCUGCGGGAAAAAGAAAUGGCUGCUCUAUCCCCCCAGGCAGGAGGAGUACCUUAGAGAUCGCCAUGGUAACUUGCCCUUUGAUGUCACCGCGCCUGGUCUUCAGGACAGCAGCAUUUACCCACGCUAUGCCCAAAGCUGCCCCCCUGUUGAAAUCAUCCAGGAAGCAGGGGAGGUAGUCUUCAUCCCUAGUGGCUGGUACCAUCAGGUGUACAACCUGGAGGAUACCAUUUCCAUCAACCACAACUGGGUGAAUGGCUGCAACGUGGCUAUCAUGUGGAGCUUCCUGCAGGAUGAAUUAGCAGCCGUCCAACGGGAAAUCAGCGAAUGGAGAGACACUAUGGAGGACUGGCACCUACAAUGCCAGGUAAUCAUGAAAUCUUGCACAGGCAUAAACUAUAAGGAGUUCUACAACUUCCUUAAGGGACUCGGCAGCCAGCAAGCUGAAUUUCACUUGAAGGGGAGGAAAAGCAACCAAGUGACCAUAAGCCUCUGGAACGUGUCUGUACCUGACAGAGCAGCCACAGGAUGGAAUUGUCCCCUCGUCCUUCAUGUCCCAUUCCCACCCCACUUUUCCUGUUGAGGGCCCUCGCUUAUGUUACGCUAGCUCAGGCCCAGCUCAGUGUCGAUCCAGCGGUGCUCUGCCUGCACGGACAGUUUGCAGGACUGGAGCCCUAAUUCAGGUGUUCUACAGGACAGGGACCGUGUUCCUUUUUUGUGGUGGGCUCCUCACAUUUCUGGGUGCUCCAGAGCCUCGGCACACAGUGCAUUUUGAGCGGUACCUUUUGUAAGUAACACUGGAGCGACUCCAGCUCUUGAUGCUGCACUAGUUCUUCAAGGACAUCUUCUAUCUUCCCAGAGACAUCCUCGGGCCCCCUGCGAGGGAGGAAAACGAGUACAACGGUGAUGGAGGAGUUGUGGUUCACCCCUUGCGCCUAACUGCUGCCUACCUUGCAUUCUGUGUAAUCAUGUGUUACCCUUCUGAGUCGGUAGCCCUUGGCACAGUAUGAACAGAUUCGCAAGGCAGAGGAGAGUCAGCUCCCCACCCCUUAUGUUCAUGGUCUAUCUCAAUGACUCUCUCCCCAGGUUACUUCAUUUAUAUGGAGUUAUUUUUCCACCUUUCCCACUCCCUCUGAAGCAUAGUUUAAUGGCUAAGCCAUUCUUAGGGGGCUUAUACCAGCCAAUGAGGCACCGGGAUCCCUCCCAAUUGCAUAUCAAGCAGGGUAUAAGUCAAGCUUGAGCAGCUGAAUCUCCCUAAUUCUCUCCCCCCAGAAGCACCGUUGUGUUCGGUGAACACCGGCAUCGAACAGUAUUAGCUGCACAGUAAUCAUGAGGAAGUGUCUGGUUCUAGCCUCCUGGAACACACCUGCCCCAGCGAGGCCAUGCCACCCAGGGUUGUCCAAUCACUCCUGCGAGCCUGAGGUCAAGACUUGAACCCCAAAAUUGAACGCACUAGCCCAAUGCACCGCUGCGCCCCUCUGCACAAGCCAGUUGUCACCUUUGGCAGAAGAGGUACUCCUGAGACUUGCGCAGCUCCUUGCUUGUCUGUAUAUGGAACCCCGUGAAGGACUCCUCCAUUUCUUCUUUGCAGCCAGAGUGGAGGAAUUUCAGAAACUGGUCGUAGAUUCCCUGCCAUCUCUUCUCCACCGGGAACUCAUCAAGACCCAGCUGACUGCACAACAAAGAUGAAGUUACGCCUUGCUUCCAUCCCCACUCCUACAUUGCCACCGACCCCCCCUUCUAAUCAUCUCAUGAACACAUUUUCGCCCCAACCACCACUGCGGCAGAGAGAUUUAGGAGCAUCCUAGAGGAUAUAACAAGGAGCAAAGUUCAGCAGAGGUCAGCUUAGAUUUAUUCUGCUGCCAAUGAGAUGCAUUUGGCCAGGGGGCCCCAAAGCAUGGCACAUGGACUAUUGGUGGCCUAAGGUAGACUAGAUAUGUGUUAUGUGCUGCUCUCCCUGCUUACACCUGCUUCUGCAGCUAUAGAGGCUCUUCGCUUAAGAGCCUCAGGAAGCAGCUGGUAACAGAGCCAGGCCAGCUACCUCUGCUGGUAGCUGCUGCUACACAAGCAGAGGAAACAGGACUGGCUCUCGCAGAGUAGAGGCACCAGCCACCAGCAGAGAGGAAGCAUCCUGGGGAGAAGGAAAUGAUGUAGCUGGGGUGCAUGUCCAGGAAUUCAUCCCAGAGGAAGGCUGGCGGCAUCCCAAUUGCUGCCUUAAUUCAUGAGUUGUAUCAAGAGAGGUCAACUUGGGAACCGUGUGGUGGAGACUGAUCCAGAACUUCCCUGCUGCAAUGUGCAUCACCCGGCUGCCUCGGCCACUCCCAGUUGGGUUGCAAUGGCUAAAUAUGGGUCUCCCCAGUGGAGAGGGAGGUUGUGGGCAUCUUACACCCCACUCCAGAGGACUCUGCUGCUGGGGGCCUUGCAACAGGUUCUGUGCUGUAGGAAUCUGGCCAUUGGGGUCAAGUCAGAAUUACUGUCGCCUGCUUUCAUGUUGUCACCUGUCAGGGAGUGACUGCUGCAUAAGAAACUAGAGCUCUGACCACCCAGAAAGAUAUUUCAACUUACCCACUGUGCUUCCUAAUUCGAGCUAGCCAUGCUCUGCUAAACAAUUCACAUGUCCUUGGAUCACUGUCACUUCUAACUCCCUACCACACCGGUCAGUACACUGCAAGCAUGAGCAUCAAGAAGGGGGCAGGGAGUGGAUCAAGUACUGGACCCCCUCCCCCUUUCUUGUGAAUCAUAGAAAUGUAAGGGGAGGGGGGAAGGGACCCUCAAGACCUCAAGACCAAGUAUACCUAGGCCAUCCCUGUCAGGUGUUUAACAUGUUCUUAAAAACAUUCAGUGACAGAGAUUCCAGUCUCCCUAGGCAACCUGCUCCAGUGCUUAACAACCCUUCUAGGUAGCAAGCUUUUCUGAAUGGGAUUUCUGGCUAGAAACUGCGCCUCCAAAAAACCCUCAAGACUUUGAGAGAAGGAUGCUCUUGUGCUUAAGGCACUGGAUUGGACUCAAAUCCUGGCUUUUCCUCAGGUUCUGUAGGUGGCUUUGGGAAAGUCAAUUCAUCUGCACAUCAGAACCUCAUCUGUACUGGGGGGGAGGGUUCUCUUUCUCCUUUGGCCAUCCUUGCUUAUUUAGAUUCCGCUCUCUAGGGUAGGAGCUGUCUGACUUAGAUGUACAGCGUCUUGCGCAGUGGUGACUCGGUGCGAAUGGAAUACAAAUCACGGCCCGCGGAGUUAUUUACAGCCACUCACACUUUGGUUAUUGAGGCAGCUUGCUGGUCGCUGGAAGUGUUCAGGAUUCCUUGCGUCUGAAGCCCUUGGCCUGAUUUGUUACUAAAGGUGCCCUCCAGCAUGAAGCUAUUGGAAAAGGUCAGCUUUCCCUGAAACAAAAAAAUAAAGGGGUUAUUCUAUCGAGCUCUCACUUGGCAGGAGGUUGGAUAAGGUUCCAAUCCCCCUCUUGUGAAGCCCACAAGCAGGAACGAUCCCUAAAAGGAAGCCUAAGAAGGUUAUUUCCACUAGAAGGGCUAUACAUUGAAAGCACUCCCAAUGCCAGAGAAUAGACAGGACACAAAGACAGGAGAUCCCAGGAGCCAAGAGACAGAAGUCUAUUUGAGUCGAAUGAGAUUGCUCAUACUGAUAGGACUCCGGAUGUGGAAAUCCAGCUAGAAAUGCAAAGCAAGGGUCCAAUGUGGCAAGUAGGACUAGGUGUUAAUCAUUGCUUCUAUGCUCUGAAGUUCCUGGCCUAAAUCUAGAGAGAUGGAUAAACCUCCAAGCUACAGUGAAUGUACAAUCUGGAAGUCUAAUUCUUGUUUAGUUUCUCCCCUGUUCCUUAAGGCACCAGCGGGUUUGGCAUCAUUGGCAGUGAGAUGAGCAGAGGGAAAUGCAUACUACAUGUGCACCUGGAAAGCUUGCAAGAAUGGAUCCCUUUUGAGUGCCUUUUACUACCAAGGCAAGCCCUGUUCUGUGAGACAAGGUCUCUGGAUUUUGCAGCACUCUGGGUGGCAGAUGGGAAGUUCUGUGGUAGCUUGAUUCAGGCUAGGAGGUUUAAUGAGCUCAGAAAUGAAGUAAUUCAGUAGAGCCAGCCCUUCUUAGGAUGUGAACCAGGGAUCAAGGCUUGAUCCCAAGUACAGACCUUUUCAAACCCAACAUUGAUUUCAGUGGUAGUUGUGUCUAAGUGCUUUAGUUGGACUUAGGAAAACUCACCCCUAGUACCCUAGCUGUAAGAUGUGGCAGACCCAUCAACCUCUUGUGGACUAGCCACUAGAAGGAGACAAAGAUCCAUGCUUAGCAUGUGUUAUUGAGCACCACUGUAUGAAUUGUAAGUCACUAUAUUAAAAUCAUUGUGAUACUACCCUCA